AUGAGCGGUGGUGGUGGUAGCAGCUCCUUGCUACGUCAGCUGGAGUUCUUCCUCAUCUCACUCGUAUUUCAUCUGAUCUUUACAUGGUCGAUCUUUGAUGUAUACUUCCACUCACCAGUGGUAUACCCAUCACCACGUUUCAAUGCGAGCCACGCUGUACCACAGGCACCGUGGACCGAUGGCGCGCCGGCCGAGCGUCUUGUGCUGAUUGUCGCUGAUGGCUUACGUGCUGAUACUCUGUUCAAGCAGCAUCCUACCUCUACACUGCCCACCUGGGCCCAGCCCAAUGUUCGUGGCACGGAGAGCGUGUACGAGGGCUCCUACGACAAUGCGUUUUCGCGGCAUACGCCGUCUGUCUCCAACGAGGAUGAGCAGCCGUCGCAUGCCUAUGUCGGUCCAUUCCUGCGCGGCAUUGCGCAAGGCCCAGGCCGGUACGGUGUGAGCCAUACGCAUGUGCCUACCGAGAGCCGCCCGGGCCACGUAGCCUUGAUUGCCGGCAUGUACGAGGAUAUCAGUGCGGUUACCAAGGGAUGGAAAGUCAAUCCACUGGCCUUUGACUCGCUUCUGAAUCAGUCGACGUAUGCCUUCUCGUACGGCUCGCCGGACAUUGUGCCGAUGUUUGCGCUGGGCACCACGGAAGAUAAAAUGGAAUGGGCUGUGUACGAUGAGGAGGCAGAAGACUUUACCAAGGAUGCUGUCGAACUUGAUAUGUGGGUGCUGGCACAGAUGCAGGAACUGAUGGAGCGUGGCAAGACCAACAAGACCUUGGACGACCGCUUGCGGGCGCCCGGGACCGUCUUUUUCCUGCAUUUGCUAGGACUCGAUACCACGGGACAUACGUACCGCCCACACUCGCCUGAAUACCUGGGCAAUACGAUUGUCGUGGACGCUAUUGCACGUGAGGUGGAUGCCUUGUUUGAAGACUACUUUGACGACGAUAAAACGGCGUUCUUGUUUACGGCAGAUCACGGUAUGAGCCGCAAAGGCAAUCAUGGCGAUGGCGAUCCGGACAACACACGCACACCGCUCGUGGCUUGGGGCGCAGGCAUUCCGCCAGCGCAGCGCCUGAGUCGACGUGGGUUCGCGUACACCGAGUACGACAAGCAUUGGGACUUGGAGUACUAUGCCCGAACCGAUGUGGAACAGGCAGACCUAACGCCGCUAAUGGCAUCGUGGAUUGGUAUCCCAGUCCCUGCGAACGCGGAAGGCCACUUGCCCAUGUCGUUGCUGGACGCGCCGCCUGCCUACCGCGCCCGCGCCGCCCUGGCGACUGCACGACAGGUGCUGGAAGUGUACCGUGUGAAGCACAACGACCGUGCCGCACGUAUGGCACACUUCCAGCCAUUCCCGGCCCUGCGCAGUGAGCCUGGCGUGCAGCCUGGCGAGGCGCGCAUCCAGGACAUUGCGCGUGCGAUCGAACAGGGCGACUUUGAGAAUGCCGUGGAAGAGUGUGAAUCGCUGAUGCACGAUGCGCUAGCAGGUGCUAAGUAUCUGCAUCAGUACGACGCGCCGAUCCUUAGCACCGUCGUUGUCUUGGGCUACGUGGGCCUGUUUUUGUACGGUGUAUCGUGCUUGCUGGUGUAUGCCCUACCGACAGAGAGCCGUACGCCUACACGGCGCGUCCACUAUACGGCCCUGACCAUCGUCAUGCUGAGCUUCGCUGUUGUAUGGAGCAAGUUCUACCUGGAUUCGGCGCCGAUGAUGUACUUUGUUUACAGCGGCGCGACCGGUCUCAUUUGGAUGCUUCUGUCAACGCGCAUUCACUUGUUCCCUGCCUUCCUACCGCCGCAUGUGCCGUGGCCCCAGGUAGGCUGGGCGGGUCUGUACGUGGCGAUCUGUGUCGUUUUUCUCGAAGCGGCCAUGUAUGGCUACUUGCAUCGCCUCCUUUGGCUGGCGAUUGUACUUACGAUGGCCAUGAUCCCCGUCAUGCUUUUCCCGAUGACGUGGAAAGAAGGACACCAAGUUGCCGUGGUCGUAUGGGUCAUCGUGUGUGCCGCCACUGCCUGGUUCAUGUCGCUUCCUACAGACAAGGAGGAAAGUGUGCCGCUUCUCUCACUAGGAGGUGGACUGCUGUUGAUCAUUGGUUUGUGUGUAUAUAUCUGGCCAGCGGCGUUCCUGAUGCCGCCGGAUUACCUCGGCCGUCGUAAGAAAAUGUAUGCUAUGAUGCAUGCCAAGACGACAGACGAGCUCACAGCGCUCUCAGCGCUGCCGGAUGACAAAGAAGAGGGCGCCGAUACGUUCUGGCCGCGCACACGUUGGGCUCUGCUGGUGCAGCUCGUAUGCCUUGCUACCUCGAUCGGCGUGACAGCCACUGCCGCCUCAUCGCUGGCAGCGAAGCAGGGUCUGCCACGGACGAGCCAAGUCCUGGGCUGGGCCGUACUGCUCUGUUCAGCUUCGGCGCCAUUUGUGCUGGGAUUCCAACGGCCACAGAAUGGCCGAUCGCAGCCGUUGCGUGAGCGUAUUCUUCUGCUGGUCUUUGCAUUUGCACCUGUGUACGUGAUCCUGUCGCUGCGCGACGAGGUGCUGUUUUUCCUAUGCUAUACCCUUUUGGUCUUGCUGUGGGGUCAUAUGGAAGCUGAAUUAGCGCGUGAUCGGGCUGUGAUGGCACGUGGUCCGCAGGCCAACAUGCUGCAUCCCCUCACACCUGCGCCACGGCCCAUGCAGCUGGACGAUGUGCGGCUGGGGCUGUUCUACUUCCUUCUCCUGAACAUUGGAUUCUUUGGCACUGGCAAUGUGGCUUCGAUCUCGAGCUUUUACCUGUCACCUGUGUACCGCCUCGUGCCUGUAUUUCAGCCCUUCCUUAUGGCAUUGCUGCUGGUGGUCAAGUUGAUUGUACCCUUUAUCCUUCUUUCGAGCGUCCUUAUGGCAUUGUGCCUGCAGGCCGUUGAGCCACGCGCCUUGCCUGCGGCCAGCAGCCGCCUAGCCAUCGUAGCCAGUGGACUGGGCCUGCGCGACGUGUACAUGCCUCUGGUGGUCGCGGCACUGGCAGGCAACGUGCUUGCGCUCAACUUUUUCUUUGCGAUUCGCGAUGAAGGCAGCUGGCUGGAAAUUGGGCAGUCGAUCACACACUUUGUGAUGGCCAAUCUCAUGCAGCUGUAUAUGCUGGCGAUUGCCAGCUUCAGUGGAUGGCUUCUUGGUCGCCCUACGACUCCGUCCACGGAAAAAUCAAAAACAUCAUAG